GCGCACCACUUCAGUUUGAAAGCGAAAAGACCUAAAUUAAACUAGAACUAUAAGAGUCACUCGCGCAGCAACAAGCGUGUAUAUGCGUGUGUGCCUUUCUCGGGGCGAGAGGAUGAAUUGUUGUCUUGAAUCCGCACGCGUUAGUGCUUAUUUUUAAUGUUUCUGUGUGGUUGCUUGCUUUGCGUGUAUUGGUCUCGCGUUUCGACGCUUACAGCCGCCUUCGCUACUCCCGUACGUUGCCGGAAGGGAUAGAGGGGACGUGCACUUCAGCCGAAAGCAGAUAAUCUCUACUGCACGCAUUUGUAGAUUUGUAAGCAGAUAUUCGUUUUCAGGCUCCUGAUUUGUACGCCCGUGUCUUCUUGUGCUUUCGAGGACCGGAACCUCUCUGUGAGCACGGCUGCCCCUGGCACCUUCGCAUCUUCCGCGUGAAUCGUCUUUCUCUUUGCUUUGUUUAUUGAUUGUAGAUGCGCAUAACUGUGUGGGGGCGUCGGUGACUCUAUAGUCCUUUUUUCUUCCCCCCCCCCUCCCCUCCCACCCACCCACCACCACCACACACGCCACAGCACCAUGUACGAGACGGUCGGCUACUACCUGCAGAUGGUGGCGGCGUUUUUGCUCCUUAGCCUCACCCACUACUUCGCCUCUGCUUUCCUGCCGAUGGCGGACUGCGAUGAGACGUUCAACUACAUCGAGCCGGUCCACUACCUCUUGUACGGCUCCGGCAAGCAGACGUGGGAGCUGUGCGAGCGGUACGCGCUGCGGUCGUGGCUCUUCUUGUGGAUCUACGCCUGGCCUGCAGUGCUUCUCCGCGGUGCCGCCAGCCUAUCGAGCGCGGACGUGUUUUACUACCUCCGAAUUUUUAACGGCCGCAUCGCAGCGCUGGCCGAGCUGUUCUUUGUCUACAGUGUGUGGUCCGCCUUCUCCGGCAAAGCGGCGAUGAUCGCGCUGCUGCUGCUGUUGGUGAACUACCCCAUCCCGCACGCCGCGGUCAGCGUGAUGCCGACGAGCUUCGCUAUGAUCUGUAACUUUGUGGCGCUGGGCUGCUGGCUGCGCACGGGGGCGUGGUCCUCGUCACGGGUGCCAGCAGCGUCCAUGCAUGGCAGCGCAAAACGACGCACCCCUCGUUACCUUCGUUGGUCGGUGGGGCUAGCGCUGUUCUUCAGCGUGUGCAGCGGCAUCAUCAGCUGGCCCUUUGCCGGACUCGUGUCGGUUCCCAUCGGCCUCGAUCUCCUCCUUCGCUUUCCGACGCACGCCGCUCUCUCCACUGCCGGCGCGGUCGUCGUCGUGGUCGUGGCGGAUCUGCUGGUGAAUGCGCCGUACUACUGUCGGUGGGUGCUGAGCUCGUGGAACGUGGCCACGUACAACAUCUUUGGCGGCGCCGACCGCGGGCCGGACCUACUCGGUACGGAGCCGUGGUUUUUCUUCUGGAAGAACUUGAUAUUGAACUUUAACUUGAUGUUUGUGACGGCGCUAUGUGCCCCGCUUGUUGUGUUGUGCACCGUCCGCCGAGCUGCGCCGCCGUCGGGCAGCCGCUUUGCUGGCAGUAAAUCUAGGAGCAGUGGGGUACGGAACGGCAACGGUCAUCCGAGGCAGAGGGAGUCACCUCGCAGGUUGUCGUCGAGCGGGGAGGUGCGACCCGCCGCCCUCCUCGCCACAUCACCGGCGUCUUCUCUGACGCGAACCCGAGUGCACCACUCCGCCGUCGCAGAAGCUCCCGCACCGCAGCCCAGCUGCUGGCACGCACCCCUCAACGUCGCGGCUGCGGCCGUUGGUUGUUCGUGUGGCCGGGAGCUUCUCUACAUGGCGCCGUUCUUUCUGUGGUUUACGUUUUGGAUGUGCAUUGAGCACAAGGAGGAGCGCUUCAUGGCGCCCGCCUACCCCUUCAUGGUGCUGGCGGGCACCCGUGCGAUUUGCCUCGCCUUUUUCCCCGACGUGGAAAGGGAGCGUCACGCGUCGACGCCGGCGGCGGUGGUGAGCACGUACCCCGGGAAUGCAACGGCAGUGCCUGUGGCGACCGCGCCUCCGCCUCCCGCACUGCCUCGACGCGACUCCCCCCAUCAGCCGCGUUCCAUCGCCGUCUUGGCGUGGCGCAGAGCCGCGGGCUUUGCUUUUCUCGCCGCUUUCUUUCUCCUCUCCUACUCCCGUGCGAUGGCGGUGUACUCGUACUACAGCGGACCAGAACGCCUCUUUUAUGACUGGUACCCGGUGCUGCGGGCAGCGGCGCGGCAGCGGUGGGAAGAGAAGCAAGCUCUCGCCGCGACAGGGCAAUUCGCCACAACACGUGGCACCACGCCGCAGCAAACCAACGAGCUAAACGCGUACUUCACGCUGUGCCUCGGCCGGGAGUGGUAUCGCUUUCCCUCCUCCUUCUUCGCCGACCACCGCUACGCCCGCUACCAGUUUCUGAGCACGUCGAGCUUUCAUGGGAUGUUGCCUAUGUCUUUCGUCACGGCCGCCGCGGGUGAGGAACGCGGCCUGCUGUGGGCCCCACCCGGUGUGAAUCACGCAGGGACGGCGGAGGAGCAGCGGCACGAGGGAGGCUCCUGCACCUGCGGCGCCGCCCACGUGAGUGACCUGAGUCGAGAGAUUUCGGAGCAGUACGUGCAGGACCCGAUCCACCAGUGCGACGCCGUCUUCGACAGCCUUCCGCCGCCAGCCCACGUGAGUGCAGCCGAACACGCGCAGGAGCGGCGUCAGCUCCACCUCGACACCGUCUUCACCCGCUCGCUGCUCAACACCACUGCGAUGCGCGCGGUGCUGGCGGCGGAGGGAACGUUGUACCGCCACGUAGACGACGCUUACGCGGUGAUAGACGUCGACCGCACCCCGAUGUGGUGUCGGGUACUGUACUACCCUUUCGGCAUCUCGAAGCGGUGCGCGGUGUGGCGCCCGCUCGUGCUGAACGCUAAGCCGUAA